CAUUGCGGAAUUUAUUUUUUUAAAAGUCCGGGGAAAUAGAUGAUAACAGCAUUACAUAACAAUCCACAGAAACCGGACUUCUUUACUUUAAAACUAUUUUCUUUCGGAUAGACGUGUCCAAAUUGAGAUCCCAUCAGCUUCGCUUCUUUUCUAUUUCUAGGAUUUCCAGAAUAAUGGAUAUGGGGGGGGAGGCUCCUUGUGCUCCGUUUUCUGGAUAGGAACUGAAGGCAUGGGACUUUGUUUCCCUUGUUUGGAGGGUUGCUUAAGUUGCUGCACAAAGCGGAAAUACGUGAUCGUUGAGGAAAGGGCAGAGAGGAUAUUCUGCAAAUUUAUCCCAGAAUUAACGGAAACUCGAAAAAAAACCAGGCAAGAAAAAUAAUUGUCCAUUAAAACGCUUGGAGUCUAGCUCGACUGGAAAGAAACUUGGAUACAACAAUGCAUCUCAGGAUUAAUUUCAGUUCAUAAGCUCAGAAGUAUGAAAUAUCUACCUCCUUCCCCCAGUUUUUUCCAUUAACGUUCAUCUAAAGAAAACAUGAAAAAGUUAAAACUUAAAGAACUUGAGAGUUGUUUGCAGCAAGUUGAUGUCUUUGAGAAUCCAAAACUCCUGCUUGAACAAUAUCCGACACGGCCACAUAUUGCAGCAUGUAUGCUUUAUACAAUUCAUAAUACAUUUGAUGAUAUUGAAAACAAGAUUGUGGCAGACCUUGGAUGUGGUUGUGGCAUACUGAGCAUUGGAAGUGCCAUGUUGGGAGCAGGGUUAUGUAUAGGAUUUGAUAUAGAUGCCAAUGCGCUGGAGGUAUUUAACAGGAAUACUGAAGAAUUUGACCUCACAAAUGUUGACAUGGUUCAGUGCAACGUAUGUUCUUUGCUUGACAAAAUAUCCAAAACAUUUGAUACAGUUAUUAUGAAUCCUCCUUUUGGAACUAAGCACAAUAAAGGCAUGGAUAUGGCUUUUCUGAAGACAGCUGUACAAAUGGCAAGAAUAGCUGUGUAUUCCUUGCAUAAAACAUCAACUCGACAACAUAUUCAGAAAAAAGCAGAUGAAUGGAAUAUAGGGAUGGAAGUUUUAGCAGAACUGAAAUAUGAUCUACCAGCAUCAUAUAAAUUCCACAAGAAAAAAUCAGUAGACAUCAAAGUAGAUUUUAUCAGAUUCUCUUGUGAGAAAAAAAAGAUGGAUGGAGGAAUGACUUAAAACUAUAUUAAAAUAAUAAAAAUAGCAUUAAAUGGUUUUUGCAGUUUUA